CCCCCGUCCCUCCCUCCCCGCCACGGCCCCGCGCGAGCGCGCGGCCCACGCCGAGCGACCGCGACCCCGGCCCCGCCCCGCCCCGUGCCCAGGGGUCCCGGGGCGGGCUGCGGGCCGGCGGACGAUGCAGCGGCGCUGUCGGAGCGGCGGCGGGCGGCGGAGGUGACGCGCCGCGGCGGCGGGCCGACGGCCAUGCAGCGCUCGCGGACGGCCGCGGACGACGCGGCUCUGCUCCUGGCCGGGCUGGGCCUGCGCGAGCCGGAGCCGGCCGCCGACUCCCCCGGGCGCGUGCGGCGCGGGCCUCGGGCGGCGGACGAAGCGGCGCCAGCGGCGGGCCGCAGAGGCAAGGGCGGAGGCGGCGGCCCCGAGGCCGCGCCCGACAUCCCGAGCCGCCCCGAGCGAGGCCCGCGCGCCAGCCUGGCGGGCUCGGACGGCGGCAGCGCGCGCUCCAGCGGCAUCAGCCUGGGCUACGACCAGCGCCACGGCCCCGGCCCCGGGCCGCCGUCGGGGGGCAGCGCGCGCUCCAGCGUGUCCAGCCUGGGCUCCCGCGGCUCGGCGGGCGCCUAUGCCGACCUGCUGCCGCCCGGUGUCGGCCCCGCGCCCGCCCGCUCUCCGGAGCCCGCCCCGUUCCCAUUCCCGUUGCCGUCGCUGCCGCUACCCCCAGGCCGGGAGGGCGGCCCGAGCGCGGCAGAGCGGCGGCUGGAGGCGCUCACGCGGGAGCUGGAGCGCGCGCUCGAGGCGCGCACGGCGCGAGACUACUUCGGCAUUUGUAUCAAGUGUGGCCUUGGCAUCUACGGAGCGAGGCAGGCGUGCCAGGCAAUGGGGAGUCUGUAUCACACCGACUGCUUCAUCUGUGACUCCUGCGGGAGACGACUCCGUGGGAAGGCAUUCUAUAACGUGGGUGAGAAAGUGUACUGUCAGGAGGACUUCCUGUACUCCGGGUUCCAGCAAACAGCUGACAAGUGUAGCGUGUGUGGACACCUUAUCAUGGAGAUGAUCCUGCAGGCCCUUGGCAAGUCCUACCACCCUGGUUGCUUCCGCUGCUCAGUGUGCAACGAGUGCCUGGAUGGGGUCCCCUUCACCGUGGACGUGGAGAGCAACAUCUACUGCGUUAGAGACUACCACACGGUGUUUGCACCAAAAUGUGCUUCCUGUGCCCGCCCCAUCCUCCCUGCACAGGGCUGUGAGACAACCAUCCGUGUGGUGUCCAUGGACAGAGACUAUCAUGUGGAGUGUUACCACUGUGAGGACUGCGGGCUCCAGCUGAGCGGGGAGGAGGGACGCCGCUGCUACCCCUUGGAAGGGCAUCUGCUCUGCCGCCGAUGCCACCUGAGGCGCCUGGGACCUGGCCCGCUCCCCUCGCCGGCUGUGCACGUGACUGAGCUCUGAGAAGCAGCUCCCUCUCUUCCCCUGUCCACCGAGCUGCUGCUGUCCCUUACGCAGGGGCCGGACCCCCGCGACAAAUAAUCGAUUUCUAUUUAUUCACCUUCCGUGCCUCAAGCCACUUCCCCUGCUGGGUUCCAGGACACCCGCACCCUGCAGCCUCACAACAGGCCCAGUUCCUCCGCCUGACCUAGGCUCCCAGAGGCAGGGCUUGGAGGGCCUUGGUGCCAUGGGGGAAGGGUGCCCCGUUAGUGUGUGACCACAGCCAGGGAGCAGUGACAGCCUGGGAACACCGUGGUUUGGCCAUGAUGGGUGGGUUCAGCCACAGCCCUCCACCUCUUUGGAUCCCAGCCUGCACCGGUGCUUUUCCAGCAUCAGAAGACCCUGAGCGAAUCCACAGGGGCUCCCAGCAGCCCCCGGAGCAUCUGCGCGCACUGUGUUAGGCUCCACGACAAAACUAUGUGAUUUGACUUAAAUUAAGUUCCCCCCAAGGAGGAUGUUGGCAUUUUCUUUAAAAGAAUAUAGUUUUCUUCUAAAAACUUGGACGGAAGUGGUUAUUUCUUAGUCCCAGAAGAUUCUCUCUUACGUAUGUUCAUGUACCAUGCAGCUGAAGAGGUGCUGCUCCAGUCCUGGGUUUUCAGUCCUCAUCAACUCCAGACCUUGGGCUCCCAGCUGUUGAACCUCACUGAGUACCCCGUGUUUCCAGUCCCUGCUCACCCGUUCUCCUCUCUCCAGAUGCUUCAUCCCCAGACCGUCAUGAGCUGCAGUGAUCUGGUAUGAUAAGGACUGAGGAAGCCACUGAGAGCCAUACUCCAGCCUGGAAGAUGGCCAGGAGCCUCCUGCUCUGCCAAACCCAGCUGCCCUCCCCUGGCAUCUCCCCUGACAUGGGCACCUGGCAACUCCAGCCGUGCCUUUGGUCAGUGUUGGACUUUGAUGUAUUGGACCACUUCUUUGAAUCUUCUCCCCAUAGGUGGUGAGGUAGCCAGACCAGGUUCAGUCAUGGCUGACCAUUGUUUCCUUGCGGGGUCAGGGCCAAACACUUUUGGUCUCCCAUUGGUUAGCACGUCCAGUUCAGACUGGGUCAGACAGGAGCCACAGGUGGGGUUGGAAGGCCUGGAAAUGGGUUCACACACACAGAUGCCAAGCUUGUUCAUGUAUGCCACAUCUGUACACUUAUAUGCGUGUAGCGGAGCCUGGUUCAUGCCCAGGGACACAGACCCACAAGUGCUUGGUCUGUUGCCUGUGUGUGCGUAUGUGCAUGCACGUGUUUGUGUGUGUAGAAAGUAGUGGGGGCUGGGAGGUUGGAGAGACCGAGGGUUCUGAGAGUGGUGGAGAGGAGAGACCGAGGCAGGAGGAUUGCUGCAGACUGAGUCUAGCUUGGGUUGUGUAGUGAGACCCUCUAUCAACAAAACAAACCAGGGGCCGGGACAGCCCAGUGGGUAGAGCUUGCCCCACAAGGGGUUCUUCCUGAGAGGGGUUGGGGGGAGCCGUAGAUGACAUGGGGCUAAACAUGGGGAGGGAUGCUGUAGAGCUGUAGAGCUGUAGAGCAGGGACUCGUCUGGACCUUAAAUGAUCUGGCAGAGCUUCAGAGAAGUCAUCAUAACAGGCAGCCCACGGUCUGAGGAACGCUCUCAGUGGAAUGUCCUGCGUGGGGACUGGGCAGGGCUGGAGGAAUGCCGCUCACAGAUGUGGAAUCUGGGUCUGGAGUCGUAGCUCAGUGGUUAAAAGCACCAGCUGCUCUUCUGUGAGAACCCAGGUUCAAUUCCCAGUGCCUACAUGCUGGCUUGCUCCAGUCCCUGGGGAUCUGAUGCCCUCUUCUGACCUCUGCUGGAAACGGACACACAUGUGGUUCACAGAUAUACACUCAGGUAAAACGGCCAUACACAUAAAACAAAAAUCAAUAAAUGUGAUUAAUUGAA